AACUAAGUUAUAAUUGAGCAGUAAGUUUGCCAUAAAAAGAAAUCCUCUCUGCAAAAGAGUGACCCAAGUGCCAUAGACAUUGGGAUCUUUCAACAGAGCAUCUAUCAGAACCACAAACAUGGAGGAGCAAGCAUCAAAAAGGAUUGCUGUAGUGACUGGUGCAAACAAAGGGAUUGGGUUGGAAAUUGUGAAGCAGCUUGCAAGCAAUGGAAUCAUGGUGCUGUUGACUGCAAGGGAUGUGAAGAGAGGCACUGAAGCUGUUGAAAAGCUCAAAGAUUCUGGCUUCUCUGAUGUGGUUUUUCAUCAGUUGGAUGUGUCUGACAGUGCUAGCAUCGCCUCUUUGGUUGAUUUCAUCAAAACUGAAUUUGGGAAGCUUGAUAUCUUGGUUAACAAUGCUGCAGUCCUUGGAAUCUUUGUAGACCUUCAGGAUUUAGAUUCAUCAACAAAAGAAAUCAUUGAGAAAGGUGAGGGGCCGGCUUUCUUUAAGUUAUUAGAUGCAGCUGUGGAGGAUUAUGAGAAAACGGAGGAAUGUUUGAACAUUAACUAUUAUGGUACCAAGAAAGUAAUAGAUGCUCUCAUGCCAUUUCUUCAAUUAUCACAUUCGCCCAGAAUUGUGAAUGUUUCAUCUUCUGCCGGAAAACUUCAGUAUAUUCCUGGUGAGAGCAUCAGAAGAGAAUUCGGAGAUGCAGAUGGCUUGAGUGAAGAGAAAUUAGAUGAAUUGUUGCGACACUUUUUAAGUGAUUUCAAAGCAAAGAACUUGGAACAAAAUGGCUGGCCAACAAGAUUAUCUGCAUACAUAAUCUCAAAAGUAGCUUUGAAUGCACUCACGAGGAUUCUCGCAAAGAAGUAUCCCAAAUUCUGCAUCAACUGUGUACAUCCUGGUUAUGUGAAAACCGAAAUAAAUUUUAAUACUGGGACCAAAACCGUUGAGGAAGGCGCAAAAGGUCCGGUGAUGUUGGCUUUGCUUCCUGAUGGCAGCCCUUCGGGGUUUUAUUACGAUCAAACAUCAGUAUCAACUUAUGAAUAAACUGUUACAUGAAUGUCAGUAGAAAAAUUUCAUAUAUCAGUCUAUGUUAAGAUCAAAAUAUAAUUUGAAUCUUACUACAUUAACAGACUUUAUAUUUGGUGUUAUUAUUAGUUAAAAAUGAUUACAUGGAGUAUCUAUUGUAAUAUAGUUUGGUUAUUUGAAUACAUUGCCUUUUCUGUUA